GACAGUGAUGAGAAGAAGGGGGCGGGCCAAGGGGAAAGGCGUUGGAAAGUACCACCUAUCCAACCACCAAGCAACAGUAAAGUGAUUCUUCAGCAUUGGGAUCUAGCUGUCAGCUUCUUUGUAUUGUCAAGAUGUCUCUUUCUAAGAAGCUAACUUUGGACAAACUGGAUGUUAAAGGGAAGCGAGUCAUCAUGAGAGUAGAUUUUAAUGUUCCCAUGAAGAAGAACCAGAUUACAAAUAACCAGAGAAUCAAAGCUUCCAUCCCAAGCAUCAAGUACUGUCUAGAUAAUGGAGCCAGGUCAGUAGUUCUUAUGAGUCAUCUAGGUCGACCUGAUGGUGUUCCCAUGCCAGAUAAAUACUCAUUAGAGCCUGUUGCUGCUGAGCUCAAAUCCUUACUGGGCAAGGAUGUUCUGUUUCUAAAGGACUGUGUGGGCCCAGAAGUGGAGAAAGCCUGUGCCAGCCCGGCUUCUGGUUCAGUUAUCCUACUGGAGAACCUACGCUUUCAUGUGGAGGAAGAAGGAAAAGGCCAAGAUCCUUCUGGAAAUAAGCUUAAAGCUGAACCAAUUAAAAUAGAAGCCUUCCGAGCAUCACUCUCCAAACUGGGGGAUGUCUAUGUCAAUGAUGCUUUUGGCACUGCUCACCGGGCCCACAGUUCUAUGGUGGGAGUGAAUCUGCCCCAGAAAGCAUCUGGAUUCCUGAUGAAAAAAGAGCUGGACUACUUUGCCAAAGCCUUGGAAAACCCAGAGAGACCCUUUCUGGCUAUACUUGGUGGAGCCAAAGUGGCAGACAAAAUCCAACUUAUCCAAAAUAUGCUGGACAAAGUCAAUGAGAUGAUAAUUGGUGGUGGAAUGGCUUUUACCUUCCUUAAGGUACUCAACAACAUGGAGAUUGGUGCAUCCCUCUUUGAUGAAGAAGGGGCCAAGAUUGUUAAAGAUAUCAUGGCUAAAGCCAGUAGGAAUGGUGUGAACAUUACCUUUCCUGUUGACUUUGUCACUGCUGACAAGUUUGAGGAGAAUGCUAAAGUUGGCCAAGCCACUGUAACAUCAGGCAUACCUGCUGGCUGGAUGGCUUUGGACUGUGGUCCUGAGACCAACAAGAAGAAUGCUCAAGUUGUGGCCCAAGCUAAGCUAAUUGUGUGGAAUGGACCUGUAGGGGUAUUUGAAUGGGAUGCCUUUGCUAAGGGAACAAAAGCCCUCAUGGAUGAAAUUGUGAAAGCCACUUCCAGGGGCUGUAUCACCAUUAUAGGAGGUGGAGACACUGCUACUUGCUGUGCCAAAUGGAACACUGAAGAUAAAGUCAGCCAUGUGAGCACUGGAGGAGGUGCCAGUCUGGAACUCCUGGAAGGUAAAGUCCUUCCUGGAGUGGAAGCCCUCAGCAACCUGUAGUUGACUUUUCCUUUCCACUAUUUCCUGUCCAUAGGCUUUAAUUCAACUUAGUGCUCUACACUGCAACUUGACUUUUGUUAUAGUUUACCCCUAUACCAAGGCCUAGGCAAUGACUAGGGAUUAGUUAUCAGGAACUCUUAUCAAUACAACAAUGCAACUCAUUUUAGUUCUGUCAUGCAUUUGCCUGCUCUCUUCAAGAUCUCAGUUAAACUUGUUGUGAUUCAUAGGAAGGAGAUGCUCUUACAUUGCAUAUUAAAGUGAGUUGAAUAAGCUUAA